GCAAAGUGUCUUCCUCCUGAGACGCACACCCACAGGACAGAAACAAAGAAGAAUGACUUCCGUUAAUCACUGAGACGUUUCCUGUGGUGCUAAUGUUAGCCUGAAGCUGGUGGCUGGUUGGACAGAGAGGUGUCAGGCAUGUAUGCCUCUGGGAAAUACAGCUCGCGGGGCCCAGCUCUUAUCCCGCGGAUGAAAACCAAGCAUCGCAUCUACUACAUCACCCUCUUUUCUGUGGUGCUGCUUGGAUUGAUUGCCACUGGGAUGUUUCAGUUCUGGCCCCACUCCAUUGAAUCCACAGCUGACUGGACGCUGGAUAAACGCAGCGUCCACGAUGCCCCUCUGGUCCGCCUCCCUGCCUCCAGUCCCAUUCCUGAGAGGGGGGACCUCAGCUGUCGCAUGCACACCUGUUUUGAUGUAUACAGGUGUGGCUACAACCCCAAGAAUAGAAUCAAGGUCUACAUUUACCCUCUGCAGCGGUUUGUGGAUGAAUUGGGGGUUCCCAUCAGCAGCACUGGACUCUCACGAGAAUACAAUGACCUGCUCAGUGCCAUCUCUGAUAGUGAUUUCUACACUGAUGACGUGACCAGGGCCUGUCUUUUUAUCCCAUCAACUGAUGUGCUGAAUCAGAAUUCACUACGAAUCCGAGAGACUGCCCAGGCUCUGGCAAUGCUACCUAGAGCGCUGCUGGCUGGAGGUGGUUUCUCUACAUGGACCUACAGACAAGGUUAUGAUGUCAGCAUCCCAGUUUACAGCCCACUUUCUGCAGAUGUCGAGCUGCCUGAGAGACAGCCUGGGCCACGGCGCUUCUUUAUUCUAUCUUCUCAAACUGCCAUCCACCGAGAGUACCGCGCUGAACUGGAGCGCUUGAAGGAAGAGAAUGGUGAAGCGUUGCUCCUCCUGGACAAAUGUAGCAACCUCUCCCAGGGCGCCGCCUCUGCACAAAAACGCUGCUACAAGGGGCAGGUGUAUGACUACCCACAGAUCCUUCAGGAAUCUUCAUUCUGUGUGGUUUUGCGGGGGGCACGUUUGGGUCAGGCUGCCCUCAGUGACGUGCUGCAGGCUGGCUGUGUCCCCGUCAUCCUCGCUGACUCCUACAUCUUACCAUUCUCUGAAGUACUCGACUGGAAAAGGGCAUCUGUGGUUAUUCCAGAGGAGAAGCUGUCAGAGAUGUACACCAUCCUCAAGAGUAUUCCUCACAGACAAGUUGAAGAAAUGCAGAGACAGGCUCGCUGGUUCUGGGAGGCCUACUUCAGCUCCAUGAAGGCUAUUGGCUUGACAACACUCCAGAUCAUCAAUGACCGUAUCUACCCAUAUGCUGCACGCACCUAUGAGCAGUGGAACAAUCCACCUGUGGUGAAGUGGUCCAGUGUGAACAGUCCUCUGUUCUUGCCGCUUAUCCCACCAAGGGCACCUGGGUUCACAGCAGUGGUGCUCACCUACGAUCGCGUUGAGAGUCUUUUCCGGGUAAUCACUGAAAUCUCCAAAGUACCUAGCUUGGCAAAGCUGCUGGUCGUUUGGAAUAACCAGAACAAGAGUCCUCCUGAGGAGUCUCUUUGGCCAAAGAUCGGUGUUCCUCUCAAAGUCGUGCGAACCAAAGAGAACAAGCUGAGUAACCGCUUCUUCCCCUACGACGAGAUCGAGACGGAAGCUGUGCUGGCUAUCGAUGAUGACAUCAUCAUGCUGACAUCUGAUGAGCUGCAGUUUGGCUACGAGGUGUGGAGGGAGUUCCCCGACAGGCUGGUGGGUUACCCAGGCCGGCUGCACCUCUGGGACCAUGAAAUGGGGAAGUGGAAGUACGAGUCGGAGUGGACCAAUGAGGUUUCCAUGGUUCUAACUGGUGCUGCCUUCUAUCACAAGUACUUCAACUAUUUGUACACAUACAAGAUGCCAGGAGACAUCAAGAACUGGGUGGACGCUCACAUGAACUGUGAAGAUAUUGCCAUGAACUUCCUGGUGGCUAACAUCACAGGCAAAGCCCCCAUAAAGGUGACACCCAGGAAAAAGUUCAAGUGUCCUGAGUGCACUGCCAUUGAUGGACUGUCCCUGGAUCAGACACACAUGGUGGAGAGAUCCGAGUGCAUCAACAAGUUUGCAUCAGUGUUUGGAACAAUGCCUCUGAAGGUGGUGGAACACCGCGCAGACCCAGUGCUCUACAAAGACGACUUCCCAGAGAAGCUCAAGAGCUUCCCCAACAUCGGCAGCCUCUGACUAGCCACCAACAGAUGUUUUGACCUGGUCACUGCCUCAACUCUUCAAGAUCAUCGUCAUCUGUUAAUAUCAAGACAUCAAUACUCAGAGUGAAGCGGUGCGUGUUCUUGUCACCUCUCAGUUGAAGUGACUUUAAUUACAUGAAACUUAAAAUGCAGAACUGUGAAGGACAUAAAUUGAAUAUCUUUAAUGACAGAGGACACUAAAAUCUGGGUUUGAUGAGGAGUGUGAUGAGUUAUUUGUCUAUGGACAUUUAGAGUAAGAUAUUUGUAACAUUUCACAACAGCACUACAUUUCAUGUUACAGAAACUGCUACUAGUAAUAUAUAUAGAUGGUUUUGCUUCUUUUUGCUUCUCAAACAUUUACAAGGACCAGUUUUUUUAGCUCUACUGUAUAAAAAGAAAAACCAACAAAUCUUUAAUAUACAUUGUAUAUUGUAAAUGAUUCAAUCACAUAUCUAUAUGUUGGCUUUAAUUAAUAGUCUUGUAAAUGUGCUAACACAGCAUGGUGGCUAAUGGAUGAUGUACAAUUAUUGUUUCUGUUUACACAAUAAGAUUGGACUGACAAAGUUGGCACCAUGAAUCUCUUGGAGUUUUCUUAGAGUAACUGCUAAUUUAAAAAAAAUAUGCUGAGCUGGAUCAUCUUGAAUUAUUUUAUACUGCCUGAGCAAACCUUUCCUCAUAUUUAUACAUAUAUAUAUAUAUAUAACAGAAACGCAGUGGAGUGAACCGAAGCAUCCACUAAGUCAUUUCAUGAGUUGUGUUAUGUGUAUGAGUACAACACAAGAGUAGUAGUUCAUUGUCUGCCGUUCAUUUGACGAUUUACUGUAAUGUGAAUAAUAGACUCCCCAAAUCCACGUCCCAAACCAGAUGUAUACACUGUUGAUGCAGUGCUUUGGUUUUUAUUGGUCUUUUUUUAAUUAAUAUUUUACCUGUUGUGCGUCUUUAUAUUUUUGAUGUUUUCAUCUCUAGUUGUCCCAGCUCCAGUAUUCAGGUUGUAACAUUGUAACAUUUAAGUCUCUUAAAAUGUUAACACAGCCUUUUAUUUGCCUUUUUUAUUAUUUUCAUGAGGUCAGCGAAAUUGUUUUAAAUUUUUUUGACUGAGUUUGUGUAUCUGAGUGUAUAUAUAACUUUGAUAAAUAAAGACCACUCUAU